AUGACGCUACCAGAAUCACCUUUGGCUGGAUUGCGCCGUCGCUUGGAGGCCAGGCGGCCCCUCUCCGCGUCGGAUGGUCUGGUUGCCAGCGAAGCGGCGCACGUUGAUGCCAGCACUGCAGUCGGCCACAACUGGUCGCACGAUGGCAGCACAGAAAACGCGGCGGGAGUUGACGGGAACGCAGCGGGCAGCGGGGAUGACGAGGCGCAAGGAGAGUAUGCAGGGCAGCAGCUGCUCCUGGCCGACCUGGUGUCAUACGACGGCUGCCAGAAGGCCGUACUGCCGGACCCGGAAGCCGAGGAGCAGCUGUACCUGCGCUUCUCGGUGGACCGCCUCGGACGCGCCCUGCCCAGCGCGGCGCGCGCCGCUGCAGAUGCGGCGGGGCGGGAGCCAGAAGAGGAGAUCGGGCUGUUUGUGGCGCCGCGGCCGCGGAUCAACAAUUCGUCGCUGUACAAGCUUGAGCAGCGCCUGUCCAAGGCUGUCACCAUUGAUGCCGCUGCCCUCACGCGCCACGUGGCCGCGGGCGGCGCGCUGCCCGCGGCGCUGCCGGCGGCCGCGGUUGCGGGGCGGCGGCGCGGGGUGCCGUGGUGGUUUGGGGCCAAUGGGCUGCUGGCCUGCGAGCCCUGCCCCCUGAAGGCGCACAAGGAGCGCCCCGCGCGGCGCUGGGACCAGGACGCCCCCCGCACCGACACCGCCUACCUUCCGGCCGCGGUCCGCGCCGGCGGGCGCGAGGAGGAGGGGCGCACCUACCGCCUCGACAUCCAGAUGGGGCCGCUGGAGUUUGCUGCGCACCCGAUGAUGGGGCGGGAGCAGCAGCUGGCCGCCAAGCUGCUGUCGAUGUUCAGGGAGUUGAAGCGGCGCCAGGCUGUCGGGCUGGGCCCCUUUUACGGGCGCAAGCUCGCCGCCCUGGAGGAUGCUCUGCUGGCGGCACGCGAGGCCCUGUUUGCUGCCCAAGACCUGGAAAAGGGCGGCGGCUGCAGCGGCGGCGGCGGCGGCGGCGACAGCAGCGGUGGUGUCGGGGGCAGCAGCGUGGCGGAGCAGCGGCGGGCGUCCCGUGGGGCGGCGGUUGAAGGGGCGGCUGCGUCGCCCCAGCGGCAGCAGCAGCGGAGGCAGCAGGGGGCACGGGCCGGGGCGGCGGCAGAGGACAGGGUUGGCCGUGAUCAAGGCGGUGGCAGCGGCGAUGCCUGCGACGGCGGCGAAAAAGACAGCAAGGUCCUAUGGCUGGCCGGCCGCCUGGCGGAGCUGGAGCGCGACGUGGCGGAGACAAGGCAGCUGGCAGAGGAGGAGGCGGAGCUGCUGAAUGGCACGGCGGCUGCGAUGGGUCGAGUCUGGAAGCAGCUCCUGCAGGCACGGAUGCAGCAGGGGCGCGCCCUAACAGACAUCCAGUUACACCUGGUGCAGCGCCCCCACGAGGACGACACACCCACGCAGCAGGACGGCCUGACGCGGCGAGACCUGGAUGUUGCCCUGCUGGUGGCAGAGGCAGAGCCGAUCCUCGGACUGCCGGACUGGCCGGCGCCGCUGCCGCGCGACGAGGAGGCGGCGCCCGAGGGCUUCGCGCUGCGGCGCGUGGAGGCGGGGUGCGAGGCGCACGCGCUGGCGGUGGCAGGCGCGGCGUCGCGGCUGGCGCUGCUGAAGAGCCGUGUCUCAGCCGACCCCGCCGACCCCGAGGUGGCCGCCCUGGAGGCGCGCCUCGCCCUGCUGGGGCCCGCCCCAAGGCGCGGCCCCGUCACCCAGGAGCAGGCCGCGGCGGCCUGGGCGCGGGCAGAGGCCGAGGUCGCUGCGGGCCGGCCGGGCGUGGCGCGCGCCCCGCUCUUGGAGCCCGUGCUCUCUGUCGGCGCCGCCGCCGCAGGCGGAUGCGAUGCGGGGCCGCCGCGCGUCCAGGGGCCGCGCUUCAGCGGGCGCUGCAGGUACUACUCGCGCCUGGUGAUCAACGGCAAGGGGGUGGGAACUUCCCAGGUGUUAUCCAUGCAGGAUGACUUCACGGUGGACUUCAGGGACCUCUUCAGCGUACGACUGCUAAAAUGGCCGGACUCAGUCCGGCUGCAGCUCUGGGAGCGCGGCGGCCUGACAGACCGCCUUGUUGCGUCCGUCUUCCUGGCAGUCCCGGGUGCGGGCGGCACGCCCCACGUUGACCCCCAGCCAAAGGCGUUCAGCUGGACGAGCCCCGACCCCGCGCCGCCCGCCGAGCUCGCACGCGCAGCAGCAGCCGCGGCAGAGGGUGGUGCGGGCGGGGACGAGGCGCCGGGGCGGCGGGCGACGGCGCCGGCGCCGGCAGGCGAGCCGAUGUACCCGUCUGGGGUCGUUUUCGUGCGCAGCGGCUGGGUGCCGGAGGGCGGCUUCGAGGCCGUCGGGUGCGGCGUGUACGGCGGCGCGCUCGGCGGCGGCGGCGGGCGCGGCGCGGAGGACGACGUUCAGGGGGACGCGGUUGCGACACUCACGUUGGUGCAGCCGUUUGGCGGGACCAGCACUGCUGCGCACACAAAUGGGGUGCCCGGCGCGGCUGCUUCACCAUCUGCGCCGUCCUCGCCGGCCGGCGGGGCGUGGCGGACGUACAACAACCCCCUGUCGGCCUUCGAGGACGACCGCGGCGGCGCCAAGCAGCCGCUGCCUGGCUGGCCGGCGCACGACGCCGGCGGCGGCCGCCUGCCGGCCGCGCUCGACGCUGCUUCUGUGGGCGCCGGCGGCGUCAUCAGCGGACGGUCAACAGCGGCGGCGCCGCGGAUGCGGCACAACCCUGUGGCCGACCCGCAGCCUGGGCGGCGGACGGGGUGGGAUCUGGAAGUUGGGGCGGUGCUGAUGCCGCCGCAGCCGGCGAUGAGCGCAGAAAAGGCGCUGAGGCGCGCCGUAGGAGGCGGCUGCCAGGCGUCCCGCGCGCGUGCGGCGCGGUGGCUGCGGCGCCACGCGCCGCUCGACCCGAACGACCCCCGCAACGCGCAGCUGCUGGAGCUCCUCAGAGCGCAGGAGGCAGGAGUGGCGGGCGGCGGGGAGGGUCCCCCGGACCUGUUCCGCCCCGGCCUGCUGCCAGAUUUGGCGAUGACGUCAGACCGGCCCUGCGACCAGCGCGCGGCGUUCCUCCGGCGCCGCUGGGAGGCGGGGGCGUUCCGGCAAACGGAUGGCGCGCGAGGCGGCGCCGGCAGGCUGGUGGCGCCGCUUUCCUCCAGGGACACCCUAGACCAGCAGGACGCGCACAUGCAGGCCCUUGCCCGACUGGAAGCUUCUGCCCUGGGCCUGCCGACCCUGCACCAGCCGCAUCUGGGCGGCGCCGACGUCAGCGGGGCGGGGGCCGGGGAGAGGGCGGCGGCGAUCGGCGGGCUGCUGGUGACAGGGGGGCGGCAGGAGCGGGCGAUGAAGUGGGCACACGGGGCGCUGGCGCGGGCGCUGGAGGAGCGGCAGGAGCGCAUCAGGGACUUCGCCCUCCGCCUGCGCGCGGCGGGCGGCGGCGGCGCGGGGCCGGGGCGGGGCGCAGCGCGGCGGCUGCGGACGGACGACGUCGUGAAGGACGCGGCGCUGCCCGAGUUCAAGCUCGACUUUGGCAGCCUGGUGGGGCUGCUGCAGCCGGCGCGGCCCUUGCGGCCGCGGCGCAGGGCCGUCCGCAAGGUGUCGGCCUGCGUGCCGCGUGAGACGGCCCUCAUAGUCACGAUCCAGCGCGCCACAAACCUGCCGGCGCGGCUGACGCUUGCCGGCGGGCGCGCACAGCGGCGGGGGUCGCCGACGAGGGGGGCGGCAAACCGCGGCACUCCCCUUGCCAGCAGCCGCCUCGCCACGCGCGACAGCCAGCCCGGCGGCGGCACCGGUGCCGGCAGGCCGGGCGGCGCCGCGGGGCCCCGCGGCACGGGCGACUGGGCGGCGGCCGGGGGGGCCGGCUGGGAGGAUGUGGAGGGGGACGCGGUCGGCGCGGGGGAGGGGCUGUCAUGCUUUGUGGAGGCGCGUUUCAGGGGCAUGGUGCGGCGGACGGUGGCGGUCGACAGCGACAGCCCGAUAUGGAACGAGCAGGUGGCAUUCCCAGUCUUUGACCUCGACCAGGAAGCUUCCCCCAUGGCGCUCCGUGAGUCAGACGGCGUCCUAACCCUCAACAUCUUCGACGAGAUCAUGACACCGGCCGCAAAGGAGCGCCUCGAGCGCGAGCGCGACGCCGCCGCGCGCCGCGCGUCCCGCUCGCCGCAGCGCAGAAACGGCGGCGGGCAGGGUGCGGAGGAGGGGGACGUGGGGGACGGCGCCGGCAGCGCGAACGCGGCGGCGUGGGAGGGGCUGACGGAGGGCGGGCGGCUGCCGGAGCGGGAGCGGCGGUUUCUUGGGUGCCUGCGGGUGCCGCUCUCGGCGAUCUACCAGGCCGAGAGCCUGGAGGGCAGCUUCCGGCUCGAGGUGCCACCUGUCAUCCUGGGCUACCACGAGCCCAGCGGCCGCCCCGCCUCCCUCAGCGCGCUCAUCACGCUGCGGCCCCGCCUGGCGGCGCCGGGGCCGCCGGACGAGGAGCGGGUCUCUGGGGAGAUGGGUGACGUGGCGCAGCACGCCGCCAGGUGGGUGCCUGCGCUGCGCGCGCUGCCGCAGUGCCGCAGCCGCGCGGUGCGUGCCAUGGCCGUCGACCCAGACGGCCUCGGGACGCUGCUGCCGCGCUACGUCGCGCCCACACGGCUGCCGCCCCCCUUCGCCGACGCGGCGCGCGCGCCCCCCUCCGACCCCGAGGACCUGGGGCGCCUCAUGCUCGCCCUCGCGCGCUGGGCGGCGCACCUCCCCUUCCUGGAGGACGCUUCCUUCCGCCGCCGCCGCGCGGACGUGUGGUGCGGCAGCGCCGAGGCGCUCGCGCUGGGCGGGGGGGACCACGAGGAGCACGCGCACCUGCUCGCUGGGCUGUUCCUGGAGAUAGGGCAGCAGGCUCUGGUGGUAUUGGGCAACUCGCUCCAGGGGGCAGCAGCAGCAUUUGUGCUGACCACGGGGCUGCCGGUUGAGCCAGCAGAACUCCUUGGCAGCAGAGGGGCAGCUGCAAUUCCAGUUGUCAGCAGCGGCAGCGCAGGCCAGGCCAUCAAACGCGAGGGUGUGCCCGCAGAAGCGGCGGCUGAUGCGACCAUUGCUGAGAGUGCCGCCCCGCAGCAGCCAGGGUCGCAGCAGCCAGACUUGCAGGAGGCAGGCUUGCAGCAGCAGCAGCAGCAGCAGCAGCAGCAGCAGCAGCAGCAGCAGCAGCAGCAGCAGCAGCAGCAGCAGCAGCAGCCCGCCGAGUCACCAAGUGCGGGCUGGGACGAGUCUCGCCUUCGCCUGUGGAACCCGCUGAGUGGGCAGUGCGUCCCUGUCAGAGACCCAUCCUGCGAGUUGAGAGAGGUCGGCACUGUGUACAGUUCCUCCAACAUCUGGGUCAACGUGCAGGCCAGCGGCGCCCCUUGGGACCUGUCCUGGGAUCUGGAGCAGGGCUCGUGCUGGCGGCCGUUCUUCGGGGCCGUGCUGCCGCCCAGGGAGCUCGCGCCAAUGCAGGUGCCUCCAGUCUACUCGGACCUUGAGCCGCGCGUGUACGAGGAGCUGGAGGCGCGCGUGGAAGAAACCGUGAGGGGGGCGCUCUACGACGCGCGCAGCGUCGUGGUGACUCAGCCGAACAACAAGCUGAGCCGCGUGCUCAAGGCGCUGCUGCGGGAGCUGCCCGCCCAGCUGGCCGCCGUCGACGCCGCCAGCCUCGAGGCCAGCGUGGCAAUGAGCGAGGGCGCGGCGGCGGGUGCGGGGGCGGAGGCGCUGGAGUACGCGCAGGAGCGGCUGGCGGAGCGGCUGAGGCUCGUGAGGGGGCUGCAGGUGGCGCACAACGAGCGCGUCGCGCGGGAGAUGCGCGGCUGCGCCGUCAACGGCCACGUGCUUGCGCUGCCCUUCAGCGACGGCUGGCGCGGCGCUGUGUCGGAGGCGGUCCUUAACAUAGGCGUCCACAGGACGGUUGACCCCCGGGUCAAGUUUGCGAUGGCGUCCUAUGUGGAGCCCAUGGGAGCCUCGUUUGUGUGCUGCUUGUGGGUCUAUGUCGCGGCCAUCAGGGAUGCGGCGUGA